UUCACUGAAACAAAGGGUGUGAUCAUGGCAGAGGAAUCAGCAGAAAAAAUCUGUGAAGGUGUCUCUGAGUCUCCAACUACUACCCCAGUUGGAGGACAGACACCCCUAGAGGGUGAGUCCAAGACACGAAGAAUCAAAGCCACGAGACACCCUCGAUGGACCAGACAAGAAACUCUUGUUCUGAUAGAGUCUAAGAAAAUGGUGGAAAGUGGGGAACAAGGUUGUCGGUUUAGAUCAGCUUCGGGGUUCAUCCAAAGCGAUCCCAAAUGGGAGAUGGUGUCAUCGUUUUGUCAGCAACGUGGGGUGAAGAGAGGGGCGGUUCAGUGCAGGAAAAGGUGGGGCAAUCUCCUCACUGAUUUCAGGAAGAUAAAAAAGUGGGAAUCGGGGGUGAAGGAGGAGAGUGAGUCGUUUUGGAUCAUGAGAAAUGAUGUGAGGAAGGAGAAGAAGCUUCCGGGUUUCUUUGACUCGGUGGUGUACAAUGUGUUGGAUGGAGGGGUGUGCACCACUGUUGCAUUUCCCUUGACACUGGUGAAGAUGGUGCCCAAAGUGGAGAAUGGUUUUGCAGAGGUGGUGGGUCCAGAACAAUGCAAGGAGAAUGAGGAGGAAGAAGAGGAGGAGGAGGAUGAGGCCAUCGUCGAUAGUGAGAAAAUGAGUUGGAGCACCGAAGAAGAAAAUGUGGAGACCAGCGUAGCUGCAAAUAUGGCCAAUGGUGUUUUGAAAGUGCCACCAGGUUUCAAGGAGAAAGAGAUCACUGGGAGUCUCAGAAACACCCCCUUACUCUCACUGCCUACUCAAGAGAAGCAGCAGCAGCAGCCGCCAUCUUGCCAAGGGAACUAUGAUCCUUGCUUUCAGAGGGAACCUGUAUUUCAGCAUGGAUACAAGAGAAAGCGGGUAUCAUCGGACAGUAGUGAGGACAACACAGAUUUCGACAACAGUAUUACCAAAUUGCUUAGGAGAAACAGUGAGAUACUGAAAGCCCAUCUUGGAACUCAGAACAUAAAUUAUGAAUUGGCCAGGAACCAGCAGAAGCAGCAAACUGACAUCUUAGUUGCAGCCCUUGGCAAGCUCACCGAUGCUCUCACAAAGAUUGCUGACAAGCUGUAAAUGAAUUCAUAUCACAAAGGAUAUGCAUAUUACUGCUAAUUAUUGCACUAGAUUUAAUCAUCAUUAUUUUACCCUCUUUUAAUUAGUACUUCAUUUACCUUUACCGAUUUGCUUUU